CCUUCGGCAAUCUGCACCUUUGCUGUCAAACUCUGGAAUGCGCCUCACUCCUGGCAUCGCUCAACUUGCCCAUACCUCCCAUUGAUAAAGUCCGCUUUUCUUUCAGAUAAGUGAUGUUGUCUACUUGAUCUUCACCGACGCUUUCCGCAACAUAAAAAGUUCGACCGACGUUGUCUUCUGUUCGCUUUCACUGUUGUGCCGCCAUCCACAUUCCGCCAUGCCACAGGCGCAACGCCCAGACGGUUUUACGCGUGCCCUGGCCAAAUUCAAACAGGGUCUCGAUCCUAGCCUUGCUCAGCAGUUUUCCAUCAGUACACUGGAAGAUGUCCGGGUAUUGGCAGACAAAAUUCAGCAUGAGCAGGGACCGCAAGGAAAGCUCCGCCACCUCCAGCGGCUCGAGCCCUUUAUUGAAGCAAUGACCCAGCUUGGUACCGUUAUUGAGGUCUUCACAAACGCAUGUGAUUUCAUAUGCUUCAUCUGGGGCCCCAUCAAAUUCCUUCUUGGGCUUGCAAAGACACACCUCGAUUCCCUCAACAAGCUCCUCGAGGCGUAUGGAAAGAUUGCUUCCAGCAUUCCAGGCAUGGAACGAUAUAAAGAAGCCUUCCAAAGCCAUCCGCCUUUGGCCCAAGUGCUCGAGGACUAUUACUCUGACAUCCUCAACUUCCAUGAACGAGCAAUCGAGGUUUUCAGGCGACCGAACUGGAAAAUGCUCUUUGACGCUGCCUGGAAAAGGUUCGACUCAAAGUUCGGACCUGUUCUCCAAAGUCUAGAGAGUCGCAGAGCACUUCUGGACAGUGAAAAGGCAUCGGCGACCCUCUUUCAGAUUCACCAGGCACUGGAGGAGAUCAAAGAAAAUGGCAGAGAACAAGCCGAUGUGAAAAGGCUAGUGGAGGAAUUGAAGCAUGAGCAGCAAAAAGAGCUGAUCAAAAAGAGAUUGGAUCCUCCAAACUACUUGCGGGAUCACGAGCAACUCUUGCGGGAAAAAGCCCCCGAUUCAGGGCAGUGGAUCUUCGCAUACCCCAGAUAUCGAGUGUGGCAUAACAGCAGUGAUUCCGGGAGCAGGAUACUCUAUGUUCAUGGGAAACCAGGUGGUGGGAAAAGCACUUUGAUAUCCACCGUCAUUGAACAACUCCUUGGUAACAAAACGGCCGGCGCUGCUGUGGCCUUUUUUUACUUCCGUCAGUCACAGGAAGAUGCGUCCAGGGGUAGCUUAAACAAUCUCCUGCGCGCACUUCUGUACCAGCUCAUCGAUCAAGACCCUGACCUGACCGACUGGAUUACCAGCAUGUCAGGGAACGACAGACUCCGACUCAGCUCCACCAAUGUAUUGCAGGAUCUCGUCUGCAAAGGUGUAGGGACACAGACAGCCCUUUACUUGGUUUUAGAUGGGCUGGAUGAGUGCCGAAGUGGGGAAGAAGAAACCAUUAUUAAAUGGCUCUUGGGCCUGAGCCAGUCCGUCCUUGGACUGAGAAUCAUUGUCGCAGGCCAAAGAGACGAUGUCACUGACGGACUGUUGUCUUCCCAAGCAUCAAUAUCUCUUGACACAUCAAUCGAGCAUCACCGCGACAUCACGGCUUAUUGUCAAAAGGGUUCCGAGAAGAUAUGCAGAGACUUCGACGCGGAACCGUCCUUGGAAAAGACAAUGGUGGAACUUGUUUCCAGAGGAGCUAAAGGCAUGUUUCUUUAUGCAAAGAUAGUCCUCGAAUAUCUACUCGACCAAACGUCGGUCCAUGACUUGGAGGAGCAAUUGAAGCCAGGGGUCUUUCCUGAAAGCCUAGAGGAAGCUUACAAAAAGGUCGACGAACGUGUGUUUGAGAAGUCUGCCCGACCGAGAAGCGCCGCUGCGAGCGAAAUCCUGAGCUACGUUAUCAGCUGCAAGCGUACGCUCUUCUGGAGGGAAAUACAGGCCUUCUUCUGUAUCGAUGCGUCGAAAGGGGAAGUAGUCCACAAGAAACUGAUGAUCAAGAGCUACAAGGAGCUCUGUAGCUCUUUCCUGGAUUCAAAUUCUUCCAAUAAGAACUACACUGGGCCCGAGGACGAGGUGGUACUAGUACACGAAACAGCUCGCGAAUUCCUCAUACGAAAGAACAGAGUGAACAUCCAUGAGCUUAAUUCCAGGCUCUCGGUAUUCUGUUUUCAAUACCUUACAUCGCCGCCAUUCACUCUCGGAGUUUCAGACGAAGAUGUGUUGUCGCAUGCCAAAAAGGGAUACUACGCCUUACAAGACUACACAGUCCAGUACUGGUUCGACCAUGUUCUCGAAUGUAUCAACUCCUUUGACCCAAUUUCGGACCGUUACAAGUGCCAGGAGGUUUUCAAUCUCGCCCGGAUCUUCCUCAAGUCCUAUGGAAACCGCGGAGAGAUGGCAGAGCUCCUUCGGGCAGAGACUUACACGGCGUUCGCUGAUGCAAUGACCCAGCACCUCCCAACUCAUGGCCAAGAACGCAACUCUUUCUUCUGCAUCGACAUACGAACAGAGUCGCUUCGGCAAAAGAUCGCCAAACUAGACUUUGGAGCCUUCACUGCGGAAGAGCAGAAAGUCUUUGUCAACCUCCACGGGUCCAGAACGUUAUACAAGUGCUCAAAACCCUGGUGUGACUUGUUCAAGGGGGGACUCGCGAGCGAGGCGAACCGAAGAAAGCACAUCGACGAGCACGAAUUUCCACAUCGAUGUGCAUAUGAUGACUGCAUGGGGUUCAAAUUGGGAUUUAGUACGGAAGACGAACUUCAGAAGCACAAUACAAAGUGGCAUACUCAUAGAGACGACGCCAACAGCUUUCCCAAAUUUCCCAAGCUAGAAUUGUCACCCAGCAGUUCUGGAAACUCCAGCGAGAGUAGCCUCCACGAAGCGUGCGGAAGAGGCGACGUCUGGAAAGUUAAGCAGCUUCUGGAAACCGAUGUGGGAAAAAAGGAGAUAGAUUGCCAAAAACCCACAACAUAUGGGUGGAGAUACCCACUUGAAGUCGCCGCCGAAAUGGGACAUAAGGACAUUUGCGAUUUGUUGAUAUUCAACGGUGCGAACGUUAACAUCAACAAUGGAGCACCACUCCGAGGAGCAGCGAGGAAGGGUCAUCUGGAAGCUUGUAAGCUGUUAAUUUCCAACGGCGCGUCCGUCGACAUUUCUUUUGGACGGCCACUCCGAGAAGCAGCGGAGAAGGGUCAUCUGGAAGUUUGUAAGCUGUUGAUUUCCAACGGCGCUUCCGUCGACAUUCUCAAGGAAUUACCACUCCGAGAAGCAGCGAAGAAGGGUCAUCUGGCAAUAUGUGAGUUACUGAUAUCCAACGGUGCGAACGUCAACAUUUCCUCCGGAGCACCACUUCAAGAAGCAGCAUGGAAUGGCCAGCUGGCAAUAUGUGAGUUGUUGAUACAGCGAGGAGCGGAUAUAAAGUCCAUGGGCGGGAUCCAGUCAUUACAUGAUGCAGCAAAACACGGGGACAUCAAGAUAGUCGAUUUACUUCUCCACCAGGACGGCAUAGAACCGAACAAAUCCCACCAAGGUUCCACGGCGGCAGAAGCGGCAGCUGCCGCAGGUCAAAUCUCGGUAUUACGUUUGAUGGAGGCCUCUGGAAAGGUAGACAUGAGCAUAAGUGUCAACCUCCUUCGAUCAGCUUGCAAAAAUCGAAGUAUCGCCACUGUAUCGGACACAAUUCAAUACCUACUGAGUAACGGUUAUGCCGAUCAGGCGGACGAGACAUGCGCAUGGAGGAUUCUGGGUGAUGUAGCAAUUGGCGGUACCGAAAAGCACAUAGCCAAAGUCGAAUUGGUUUUCGACAUGCUACUCUCCACGGCGAACCCGGUAUUCAGCGACAUCAAGCGUCUCACAAAAGAGUUGGGGUAUAAUAGAGAAAAAAAACAAAAGCGAACGCCCUUCUUGAUCUCAAUCAUGGAGUACCCGAAAUGGAGGACCAAACGUUCCGCUUGGUCUGAAUUUCUCGAGAAGAGAAAGGAGUUCGAAAUAAAAUGGGACGAUGAGCUUGAAGAAGCUGUCGACAAGUUUGUGAAGAGAAUUGAGGACAACAGGAGCACGACAAUUGUUGAGGAUCCGCUUGUAGUGUGGGGCAAGGGCAAGCCGUUGGAGACUGCGAGAGAGACGGAUGAAGACAUGGAAGAGGAGAUGGAUGAGGAAGACGAUUUGUCUUGAAGGGCACAUAGUCCGUACAUUUCUCGCAUUUGCUUUUGUCUUCGAUCAAUACAUAUUUUUCCGUCUAUUUCCUAACAUCAUAUGACGCUAUCAAAAC